GGAUACACUGAUUGUAACCUUUUGCACAAACCAAUUUUAAAUGUUUUUAGAAUUUUUUUGGCAGUGUGGCAGAAUAGAACAAUCGGCAGGGACAGCAGAAACUGGCCGCCAGGAACCUCAGCAAGAACCAGACCUAGAACUCCCGAAAUAACCUGCUGGGUAUAAAAGGAUGAAGACUUGGGCUCAAAACCAACAGUUACCAGUGAACUGACGAACAAGACUUACUCGAAAGAAUCUUCCACUGCCAAGCCAUGAAGUAUCCACUUCUGUUGUUAGGAAGCCUCAGUUUGGCCCACGGACUGGCCUUGUACUAUCCUUAUGCGUACACUGCUGAGGGAUCCGCCGUAUUCACGCCAACCCAGAGCCAGUAUAUCGCCAAGGAUGAGUUAGGUCAGUACUCCUAUGGCUAUUCAGAGCCCUUGUCCAGCAAACAGGAGACCCGCACUCUUGACGGGAUCACCCAAGGAUACUAUAGUUACCGGGAUGCGGCGGGAAAGCUGCAGAGGGUUAACUAUGUGGCCGAUAACGAAGGUUUCCAUGUGGCAGCCACUAAUCUGCCAAAGGCCAAAGUUUCCCAGGAGUCGCUUGAAUUUACUCCCAGGAGCGCGUCCCAUCCGGUAGACCAUCAUAUCGAGCAUCCAGCGGAGGUGCCGCAUCCUGUAGUUCAGCAUCCCGUCGAUGUUUCACAUCAUCACACUGUAGUCGAGAGCGGUCGAAGUGCUUAUCCAGAGGGACACCAUCCCGUCGAGCACCACGAGCACUCCGUUCCUGUUGUGCAGAGUUCUGUUGGCCACCAUCCCGUUGAGGUUCCACAUCAUCACACUGUUGUUGAGAGCGGUCGAAGUGCUCAUCCAGACGGGCUUCAUCCAAUCGAGCACCAUGACCACUCGGUUUCCGGCUCAGAGCCAUCCGGAUCCCAUGGUGGACACUCCCAAUUGCCUCAUCCCGUUUCUGAUACCGUGGAAGUGGCUGCGGCCAAGUCCCUUCAUCUUCAUCGCGUCCAUGAUGAGGGAGUGCGCAACCAAGUGCUGGCUAAGAUUCCAGUUGCUGUGGCUCGCAGCCACCAUGUCGUGGUUCCUGCUCCAGUCUACGGGUAUACCAUUCCCAGGUACUACACCCCCGGAUUCUACUACUGA